AUGGGGCCUAUCAAGGAAUCAGCCCUAGACCUAACGGUGGCAGAUUUACUAACUUCCGAACUCAAAUGGAACAAGCAGAGAAUAGAGGAGCUUUUACCAGACCUCGCCAUGCAGAUACAAUGUUUAAAGCCAAGCUCAACGGGGGCGGAAGACUCCUUUAUCUGGCACCAGACAGCUUCGGGCAUUUACUCCACCAAAUCAGGCUAUUUUGCUGCAAAUUCUCACAAUCAUCAAACACAUCUAACAAGAGCAGAAGGAGAAUUUAGCUGGAUCAGAGACAUUUGGGCAGGCAAGUUCUCACCUAAGAUGAAAACGUUCCUCUGGUCCAUCGUCCAUAAAGCUAUCUCCCUAGGCUCAAAUCUGCAUAGAAGAGGUAUGACAUCAGCAUCGCUUUGUGUUAGAUGCCAAGAUACAGAGAAUGAGAUGCAUUGUUUCUUCAACUGCCAGUACGCGAAGAAGGUCUGGGAUCUUGUUCCUCUUAGCAAGGCAGUUCACCUAGCUGCGGGGAUGACUUUCCCAGAGGUAGUUGUCAAAUUUAGGAAAGUGAUCUGUCUGCCUCCCUCAGGAAUCUCUCUUAACAUCCUCCCCUGGGUCUUAUGGGCCAUCUGGACGGCGAGAAACACCCUCAUCUUCGAAGGACGAUACCAAUCUCCUGAGGAAACAGCACUGAAAGGGAUUAAGUUAGCAAGAGAAUGGACCAACUCGCAAAAUCAAUCCUCUGGAAAGAAGGACCUACCUCAGAGUCAGCAACUCCAACCGCGAGCACCACCACAGAUUAAUCUCGAUAACGACCAGGUGAAUUGCAAGACAGACGCGGCGUGGCACAAGGACAAACUCGUUGCAGGACUAGGGUGGGUGUUCUCGGGACCGCGACUCGAAUCUCCCAUCAAAGGAUCAAUGUGUGAAGCUUUGAUAGGCUCCCCUCUAAUUGCAGAGGCUUCUGCAGUCAGAUCAGCUAUGUGUAUGGCGAUCAAUUUGGAGUUCAGCUAUCUUGAGGUGCUCUCCGACAACUUAACGCUCAUCCGAGCAAUCUCCGGCAUCACUCAGGCUAAGGAAAUCAUCGGUAUUGUGAAAGACAUCCGAUCGAUAUCUACUGAGUUUGCAUCAAUCUCUUUUGCGCAUAUCUCUCGUUCUCUGAAUGGGGAAGCGGAUAGUCUCGCAAAAGAAUCUCUGCGUUUUUCAUAUCUCCUGUAG